GCAUUUCCCAACUUGGCAGCUCAAUGCAACGUUAGCAACACCACGAGAAGAGAAGAGAAACACUGAUUAUGCAGAGUUAAGUUAAAUCUGUAUUUACUAUUAUUUCUCCAGCCUCUUAAUUGUUGCACCACUUUUAAGCCACCAGUUAUUCCAAUUCGAUCCUGCGUCGCGCCGCGCCUUGCCUUGUAUAUCCCGCUACAACAUUUCUACAAAGCCGAGAUCCCGCAAUAAAGGAGACCUUUCGAAUAAAUAAUUCUACCCAACCGAUCGCAGCCCGAAUUCAAGUGUUUGCGAUCCACGCUCGCCGCAUCCCAGUAUCUCAGUAUCUAGCCUUUGACUUCUUCGGAAAGCGAUAAAUAGUCAAAGGCGAAAAAGGGUUGCAAAAAUACGAUUUCGAAUUGCAUCGCGCCCGCUCGUUCUACUUAAGCUGCCCCUGAGCGGCCGCGGGGCCUCGCCUCAUCCAAGAUGGCUCACCAAUGGAUUAACGUCCAACAGAAGACGUUUACGAAAUGGAUGAAUACUAAGAUUUUGCCGAGGGGUUUAGUGGUUAAGGAUCUCGUUACCGACCUCAGCGAUGCUGUACUUCUAAUACACUUGCUCGAAUGCUUGUCUAGUGAAUCGUUGGGGCGAUAUGCGGCGAAACCGAAGUUGCGAGUACAAAAGUUCGAGAAUGCCAACACGGCGCUCAACUUUAUUAAGUCGAGGGGGAUUCAGAUGACCAAUAUCGGUGCAGAAGAUGUAGUCGACGGAAAUCGCAAAAUUAUUUUAGGUCUUAUUUGGACUCUCAUUCUGCGAUUUACCAUUAGCGAUAUUAACGAGGAGGGUAUGACAGCCAAGGAGGGUCUUCUUCUGUGGUGUCAACGUAAAACAGCCUGUUAUGACGAAGUCGACGUUCGGGAUUUCAGUAGUAGCUGGAACGACGGACUCGCCUUCUGCGCGCUGUUAGACAUCCAUCGACCUGAUCUUAUCGACUACGACGCUUUAGACAAAUCCGACCAUCGAGGUAACAUGCAACUGGCAUUCGAUAUCGCUAGUAAGGAGAUCGGUAUCCCCGACUUGCUAGAUGUCGAAGAUGUUUGCGAUGUUGCUAAGCCUGACGAGAGGAGUUUGAUGACAUAUAUCGCCUACUGGUUCCACGCGUUUUCGCAGAUGGAGAAGGUCGAGAAUGCUGGCCGACGAGUAGAGAAGUUCGUUAACAACAUGCAAGGAGCGUGGGAGAUGCAGAGUGCCUACGAGAAGCGGAUGGCAGAGUUGUUAAGACAGAUCAGGGAGCAAAUAGAACAAUGGAAGCAAGCAACUUUCGAAGGGACGUACGUCGACGCAAAGAGGCAAGCAACCGAGUUCGCAUCUUAUAAGAGGGGCAAGAAGAGGGAAUGGGUUGCCGAGAAGAGUGACCUGGCUACGUUAUUAGGAAACAUUAAGACCAAGCUUGGUACCUACCGACUUAGAGCCUAUGAGCCCCCUCCGGAGCUGUCGUUGGAGACUACGGAUAGGGAAUGGGCUAAAUUAACCGAGGCUGAGAUGAUGCGCGCCCAACUGAUUAACGAGACUAUUCGAGAUAUCAAGAACGCUUUACGUAAAUCGUUUGCCGACAAAGCCAACGACUUUGCGCUAGCUCUUAAUACAAUGCAGAUUGCCAUAUCGGGCCUCGAAGGAGAUGUGGAAGACCAACUUCUGCACGUGCGAAAACUAAGCGAUAACCUGCCGCCGCUGGACGCUUACCUAGAAAAGAUCGCAGCCGUCGACGCCAAGUGUCAGGAAGCUAACAUUGAAGAAAACGACUUCACAACUUACACGUACGACGAGCUGCUAUAUGAACUAGGGCUCAUCAAAUCGUCGGUGCAGAAGAAGCUCGCCUUCCUAGAGAACCAGAUGGUGGCGCGCAGCAUGACGAACCUGACACCGAUCCAGCUGGAGGAGUUCGAAUCCGUGUUCCGAUACUUCGACCGGGACGACACGAACUCGUUGGCGGAGUUGGAGUUCUCGGCGGCACUGGCAUCCUUAGGUUUGGUAUUCAGCGAGGAUGAGAUGCACGACUACUUCGUGGAGACGUCACGGGGUCGCGACAGAGUUACAUUUGAGCAAUUCAUCCGAUUCAUGGUAGACGUGACGGAGGACCAGAAUACCGCCGAGCAGGUGUUCCAGAGCUUCCGCGAGGUGGCCGAUGGCAAGCCGUACGUCACAGAGAUGGACCUACGCCACUCCCUCGUCCCCGACGACGUCAUCGAGAAGCUCUGCGAGAUCGUGCCUCAGCACAACGGCCCCGAUAUGGCCCAAGACCGCGGCGUCGCCCAGUACGAUUAUAUCAGCUUCAUGGAGAAGUUGAUUUCCGGACCUGAGCGCCGCGGCAGCGAUAGCGCUGGUGCUGCUCCUGCUGCGGGGGCGGGGGCGGGAGCGCCGCUCCAGGAUAUUACAAAUGGCAGGGCUAGUCCGACGAAGAAGGCUAACGGGUAUCACUAAUCUCUUAGUCCAGUCGAGGCGAGUCGAGCGUAGCCUGACUUAUAAGAGAAUGCCAGGGCUGCUACUAUUACAAACACACACAUACAGACAUACGUAUUUAAUAAUAAGUAAAGCGAACGGAGGGAGCUCUGGGCUCGAAAAAAAACCAAUCAGCUGCGUUAGACUGCAUUUAUACUUUUUUUUUCCCCGUGUUGCGGACUACCCCCUUUGUAUGCGCUGGGAGGCCGGAGAAGGUGGAAUUGCGGUCGGAUUAAAAAGAGAACCUUCGCAGGGACGACAGUGACUGGCUAGGCUAGGCUAUUUAGGCGAGGCUAUAUAUGUCGCUACGGAAGUAAGUUAAUACAGAAAAGGGGGAGAUGAGAUGGACGUGAGGUUACGGAGGGGAAAUGUGAGUGAGUGAGGAGGAAAAAGAAAAAAGACCGACUCGCUAGCUGCGGCUAUGAGAUACCUGUGCUAUGCUAUGCUAUGCUAUGCU